GCUUGAACUACAACUCCCGUCAUGCUGCGGGGCCCGCGCGGGGCGCUCGCUGAUUGGUCGCAUCUCCCGCGCACUGCCCGCUGGGAAGGGCUCCCCGGAAGCGGCGGCGGCGGUUGCCAUGGUGAUCGCGGCCUAGCGGGAGCCGCCAUGUCCUUUAAGCGCGACGAGAGCGACCCGGGCCCGCUCGGGGCGCUGCAGAAGCGCCGUGUGGCCGAGCUGCUGGCCAGCGCCAUCCCCGAGGACGAGGCGCUGCUGCUGCGUGACGGCAGGCUGGCGUGCUCGCUGUGUCCCCACCGGCCCGUGUGUGACACUCUGCAGACGCUGGUGCUGCACAGGGCGGGCAGGAAGCACCUGGACAGCCUGCAGCGUUCCUACGGCCGGCCCCGCUCAGCCCAGGUGACCCCUGAGGGACCCCAGGUGACCCCGGCGGUGACCCCGACCCUGCAGGCCCCCCUGCUGGCCCGCACUCGCCGCCUGGCCCGGAGCGCUCUGCUGCCCUCGGCCCCGUACAGCCCCUGCUGCAGGAGAGCGACAAAGAGCUCCAGGAUCCCAAAAAAUUCCCAAAAUUUGUCCAGGAAUCCUGAAAUCCACACACACAGAGAGGGUGAGAAAUCCCCCCAAAUUCCAGGGGAUUUAUGGGAAUUUCAGGGAAUUAUUCCAGGGUCCCAAAUUUCCCAAAAGAAUUCCCAGAUUUCCCAAAAGAAUUCCCAGAUUUCCCCAGGGCCCAGCCCCGAGCGGCUCCGGCUCCUUCGGCACCACCUGAACCUGCGCAGCCAGGGCUGGAUCCAGGACCCCGCUGGGAAUUGGGUCAAGGACGCCAACGCCGAGUUCGACUCCGACGAGGAGGAGCCGCCCCCUCUGCCACCCCCCUGACGUCCCCAAGUGUCCCCAAGUGUCCCCAAACGUCCCCAGAGCCGUGGGAAUAAAGUGGAAUUUUUU